AUGUCUCAAGUUUUCGGUCCCGCCCCUCCUCCCCCAAAUACAGACACAUCCCUCGUGGCGUUAAAACUGUUUAUAUCCACUGCUUUGGUGAUCGAAAAUCCCUUGGCUUGCCUAAAUAUACCGAAGUUACGAUCUCUGACAAUUAUAGAGAAGUCUACAGCGAUCUCUGUUCAUAUGGGCAUUCCACUUCUCACCAGGAAAACCGGCUACGUUGAUCCACGCUGGUCAGAUAAGAAACCCCACGUUGAUUAUGCAUCCCCUAAGAGCCCCACGUCAAACAUUAAAGCAUUGUGCCUAAAUUUGCGAGCCGAUAUUAAACAUGAGGAAUGCUGA